AUGUGCUCUGCUCUCUCGCUCAUCUUGCUCUUGCAGCCAGGGGGUAUAAAUAGAGGCGCUUAUAAACCGGCCGACUCAUUUAGUGUGUGACAGUGACAGUGAUUAGUGCUAAAUUUUAAUUAUGAUCAUGUUUUGUUUACUGUGUUAGUUUCAUCAGCUGUUGGCCGUCUGGCAACUAUCUUAUGGCUGCACAGAUAUUCGAUAGUCGCCUAUCGCGACUCACUGGCCCAAUCGACUACCGAUAGUUUUGUGCACAAUCAUUAUUAUUUUUUUUGCUGUGUGGGCGUAUAUUUUGUGAUUAUAAAAAUUAUUUGUAAAUAAAUACGUGUAGAGAGGAGCAGAGUGCGAGUGCCAUGGCCCAGGGUAUGCCCAAUCAGCCCAAGUUCCUGCCCCGCAUCGAGCGGAGUGGCGGCAACUCUUAUGUGGCCACCGCCUCUGGCAAUCCCUUCGAGACGGACGAAGAUGAGGAGAUCUUCAGCAGGCACAAGAUGGUUUUACGCGUGCCCAGUGACUGCACCGGUGAUCUGCAACAUUUGACGGUGUCACGGAACUGGCUGGUAUGCAUCCUGGCCACUGGGGAGCGGACGACGCUGCUGCGCUUCUUUCUGCCGCGUGCGAUACCGCCAGGGGAGCUGGCCCUGGAGAAGUAUUUGUCCGGAUCGGGUUACAAGAUAACGAGGAUAUUCCUUGAUCCCACCGGGCACCAUCUCAUUGUGGCUCUGGUGCCGAGAUCCGCUUCCGCCGGCGUUUCACCGGACUUCCUGUACAUUCAUUGCACUGAGUCGCCGCAGGCCCAGCAACUCAAGGUGCGCCGCAUUGAAAAGUUUAAGGAUCACGAAAUCACUGCCGUCGCCUUCAAUCCUUACCAUGGCAGCGAUGCUACCACCGGCUCCAUACUGCUGGGCACCAGUCGUGGCUUGGUUUUUGAAACCGAGCUGAGUCCCGCAAUGGAGGGACAUGUGCAGCGCAAGCAACUAUACGAUUUGGGUCUAGGCAGGCCCAAAUAUCCCAUAACUGGCUUGAAGCUGCUCCGCGUACCCAACAGCAGCAGAUAUAUAGUGGUGGUGACCAGUCCCGAGUGCAUCUAUACAUUCCAAGAGACACUGAAGCCGGAGGAGCGCUCACUGCAGCCCAUAUUUGCGGGCUAUGUCAGUGGAGUGCUGGAACCGCAUUGUGAGGAGCGGAAAACCGACCUGACCUACUCGCAGCUACGAUUCUUUGCCCCGCCCAAUAGCAAGUAUCCAAAGCAGUGGGCGUGGCUGUGCGGUGAGGGCUUACGCGUGGGAGAGCUCUCCAUCGAGGGAAAUAGCGCCGCCACCCUGCUGGGCAGCACCCUCAUCCCCCUGGACUUUGAGAAGGCCAAGCAUCUUUCCUACGAGGAGCGCAGACUGAGCAUACCCAAGGCCUUUGUGCUAACGGAGUACCAUGCCGUGCUCCUCUAUGCCGACCAUAUAAGAGCCAUCUGUCUGCUCAACCAGGAGCAGGUCUAUCAGGAAGGCUUUGAUGAGGCCCGAGUGGGACGUCCCCUGAGCAUCGAAAGGGAUGAGCUCACGGGCUCCAUAUACGUGUAUACAGCCAGGACGGUCUUCAAUCUGAGGGUGACGCGUGAGGAACGCGAUGUGUGGCGGAUUUACCUGGACAAGGGUCAGUACGAGCUAGCCACUGCCCAUGCAGCCGAGAAUCCAGAACAUUUACAGCUGGUACUGGCCCAGCGAGCGGAUGCAGCCUUUGCAGAAGGUUCCUACCAGGUGGCAGCCGAUUACUACGCUGAGACAACCAAGUCCUUUGAGGAGGUGUGCCUCAAGUUUAUGGUGCUGCCAGAUAAAAGACCAAUCAUUGAUUACGUGAAGAAGCGACUCAGUCGACUGACCACCAAAGCACCUAGGCUGGAAGCAGCGGAAAUGGAAUCAGGGGAGUCUACCGGGGACCAAAGCGAUGCCAUCAAGGCACUGGUUAUCUGGCUGAUCGAUCUCUAUCUCAUCCAGAUUAACAUGCCCGACCAGAACGAAGAAUGGCGACGGGCGUGGCAGUCGGAGUACGAUGAACUGAUGCGCCAGCCCCCAGUCCUUGCCUGCACGCGAGCCAAUCGCACGGCUGUCCAGCAAUUGAUUGCCGAACACGCUGAUCCUCACAAUCUGGCACAGUUUGCCAUUGCCAUCGGUGACUAUGACGAGGUGGUGGGACAGCAACUAAAAGCCGAACGCUAUACGGAAGCCCUGCAGACCCUAACCAAGCAACGCGAGCCGGAACUCUUCUACAAAUACGCACCGGAGCUGAUGGCCAAGCUGCCCAAGGCCACUGUGGAGUCCUUGAUGUCUCAGGGUUCGCGACUGGACGUGGUAAAGCUAGUGCCCACUUUGAUUCAGCUGGAGACGCGCGAGCAGCGGGAGCAGACGACACGGUAUCUGGAGUUUGCCGUCUACAAGUUGAAUACCACAAACGAUGCCAUUCAUAACUUCCUUUUGCACCUGUACGCCGAGCACGAUCCCAAGUCGUUGAUGAAGUAUCUGGAGAUUCAGGGCAGGGACGAAACGCUCGUUCACUAUGACAUCCAUUAUGCCCUUAAAGUGUGCACCGAUAUGGAUCGCAAGGAGGCCUGUGUGUUCUUGCAGUGUCUUCUGGAGAUGUGGAUAACGGCGGUGGAGCUGGCCCUUAAGUUUGACAUGAAGCUAGCUAAGGAGACGGCCUCCAGGCCAACGGAUAGCGGUAUGCGGCGCGCUCUGUGGCUUCGGAUAGCCUACCACGACAUCAAGGAUACCAAUGACGUGAAGAAGGCCCUAAAUCUGCUCAAGGAGUGCGAUUUGCUGCGCAUCGAGGAUCUGCUGCCCUUCUUUUCCGAUUUUGAAAAGAUUGACAACUUCAAGGAGGCCAUUUGCGAUGCUCUUAGGGACUACAAUCAUCGUAUCCAAGAACUGCAGCGUGAAAUGGCCGAGACCCAGGAGCAGUCCGAUCGUGUGUGCUCCGAGCUGCAACAGGUUCGAAAUUACAGCAUCAAGUUGACACCGCAGGACUCGUGCACCAUCUGCGAAAUGAUGCUGCUGGUGAAGCCGUUCUUUGCCUUUAUAUGCGGCCACAAGUUCCACAGCGAUUGCCUGGAAAAGCAGGUCCUGCCCAUGCUCACCAAGGAGCGCAGUCGCCGGUUGAGCACUCUUAAGCAGCAGCUGGAGGCAGAAGUACAGCAGGCGACACAGACGAAGCCCAGUAGCCUGACCAAACAGCAGGCGAUGGAGCUGCAGCAGAAGCGAGCGGCAUUAAAGACGGAAAUCGAGGAUAUUUUGGCAUCGGAUUGCUUGUUUUGUGGUCUGCUGAUAGACACCAUCGAUCAGCCAUUUGUGGAUGAUUGGGAGCAGGUGAACGUCGAGUGGGAGUAGCACAGCGACACUUAUGUACAUAUAGAGUAUUUAUUAAUAAACCUACACAGAUCACAACGGCACUAA